AUCUCAUUGGAUUGUGAAGUGCGAUGUAUUCCUCCUCUUCCAUCGCCUUUUUGUGGCGCUCAACUGUGUCAGUAAAACAAAAAGAAUAUCCUUUAUUUAAAAGUGUCAGACACUCUUGUGCGAACCACCGUUUUUGGAAGUUUUGCUAUCCUCGCCGACCUUUCCAUUCCACAUCAGAGCUCCUAGGACGUCUGUCGACCGUCAGAUAUUAUUUGAAACUCCCAUCAGGCUCCAAUAAGUUUGAUAAGUUGUCUUGUUGUUCGAAUAAUAAUAAUGGACGGGAAAGUAGUUGUUCUGUUAUUUUGUUAGCUGGUGGUUCAGGCAAACGCAUGAAUUCGAAUAUUCCGAAGCAGUACUUGUUACUCCACGGAAAGCCUGUAUUGGAAUAUAGUCUAGAACUUUUUCUAAGUGUAAAACAAGUUUUUCAGGUAAUAAUAGUAAUGGACUUACAUUAUAAGGUGUUUCUUUGUCCACACCUUAUUCAAGAUCCCAGAGUAGAAUUUGCUUGUCCUGGAAAGGAAAGACAGGACUCUGUCUACAAUGGAUUACAAAAGGUGAAAAAUAAUGUAGAUCUUGUAUGUAUUCAUGAUGCUGCAAGACCGCUUGUUUCAAAGGAAACUAUUGAAAAGUGCUUUUCAGAUGCUGCUGUUUAUGGUGCAGCCGUAGUUGGAGUUCCAUCCAAGUCGACUAUCAAAGAAUCCGUCGAUGGUUCCUUUGUAUAUAGGACGCUGGAUCGAACUCGUUUAUGGGAAAUUCAGACGCCACAAGUAAUACGUCCAGAAUUAUUGAGACGAGGUUUUGUAAGAGUGAAUGAUGAGAAUGUAACCGUUACGGAUGAUGUUUCCAUUGUUGAGAAACUUGGAGAGCCUGUGAAAUUGACUCUAGGUGAAUAUUCAAAUAUCAAAUUGACUACGGAAGAAGAUUUGAAAGUUGCCGAAUAUAUAUUGCUGUCACGUAAGACGGAGACUGUCGAAACCGCUGUCAAUUCUUAAGUAUUGAACAUUCUCGUGUUGAGUAUCUAUUUCCUCCAUAAUAAGUUUGAAGAAAGUUAGGCAAGGACAAUAAAAAAGUUCAAAUCGAC